AUGAAGUGCUCGCUGCGCUUCUGCUUCCUCUCCGCGGCCUUCCUGCUCGUCUUCGUCAUGUCGCUGCUCUUCACCUACUCCCACCACAGCAUCGCCUACCUGGAGGCCGCCGGCGGYGGCGGCGGCUUCCACCGCGUCAAGCUGGUGCCGGGCUACGCGGGGCUGCAGCGGCUCAGCAAGGGCGGGCUCUACGUGAAGAGCUGCGCCUGCCGCCGCUGCACCGAGGACGCCGGAGCCUCCGAGUGGUUUGACAGCCACUACGACGGCGACAUCUCCCCGGUGUGGACCAAGGAGAACAUGGACCUGCCGCUGGACGUGCAGCGGUGGUGGAUGAUGCUGCAGCCCCAGUUCAAGUCCCACAACACCCACGAAGUCCUGAGCAAGCUCUUCCAGAUCGUGCCUGGUGAGAACCCCUACAGCUCCCAUGACGCCCGCCGCUGCCGGCGCUGCGCCGUCGUGGGCAACUCGGGCAACCUGCGCGGCUCCGGCUACGGGCGAGAGAUUGACGCGCACGACUUYGUCAUGAGGAUGAACCAGGCCCCCACGGUGGGGUUCGAGGGUGAUGUGGGAAGUCGGACAACUCACCACUUCAUGUACCCAGAGAGUGCCAAGAACCUGCCUGCCAACGUCAGCUUUGUGCUGGUGCCCUUCAAAACGCUGGACCUGCUCUGGAUCGCCAGUGCCCUCUCCACUGGUCAGAUCAGAUUCACAUACGCGCCUGUGAAGCCUUUUCUGCGGGUGGACAAAGAAAAGGUGCAGAUCUACAACCCUGCCUUCUUCAAGUACAUCCACGACCGCUGGACGGAGCACCAUGGGCGCUACCCCUCCACGGGCAUGCUGGUGCUCUUCUUCGCGCUCCACGUCUGCGACGAGGUGAACGUCUUUGGCUUCGGCGCCGACAGCCGGGGCAACUGGCACCACUACUGGGAGAACAACCGCUACGCCGGCGAGUUCCGCAAGACCGGCGUGCACGACGCCGACUUCGAGGCGCGCAUCAUCGACAUGCUGGCCAAAGCCAGCAAGAUCGAGGUGUACCGGGGCAACUGAGCGGCCUGACGACCACGAGUGCUCCAGGUGGCCUUUGCCAAUCAGGUGUCCGCGGCGCCGGGGGCAUC